AACGAAUCAUCCACACACCUGCAGCUCUGCUGAGAGAGUGCAAGUCGUGGGAAUUCAAUAGCUGAAUAUCAAGACCUUUGAAUUCAACAAGAAGUUGAGACAUUUAUAGUUGUCUAACAACAGACUGAAGAUUGUAGCUUGGUAUUCACUGGCAGGUUUCAGACAUUUAGAUCUUUCUUUUAAUGACUGACACCAUGCCUAUCUGUGGAGAAGCUGGCAACAUGUCACACCUGGAAAUUGUUUUUCAACAUUAAUACUAUUAUUUGGCGGUUAUCCAGAUUGCUUUUGCCACCAACCUGAAGACAUAUAGAGGCAGAAGGACAGGAAUAAUUCUAUUUGUUUCCUGUUUUGAAACUUCCAUCUGUAAGGUAAGUGUUGAAAGUCAGAUAUUGGCUCCAGGGACUUUCUAUAUCCACAAAUACAAAAAUUGAGGGGUAACUCCUUGAUAUCAAGUCAAAGGCUCACAAUGUCUGGUAAUAAAACAAAUUACUUUCAAUUUUCUUGAAAUCUUCAGGCUAUCAAAACGAGAUGUGAGAGAGGGUGUUGAGUCUGACCUGACAAUGCAGUUCUUAAACCAAAGGGCCAUUAUGCUUCUCCUCUCUGAGAAUCCUGACUUGCCUCAACAGUGGAGACAUGGCACAGUAGCCAGCUUGGAGACUUCUCAGCCAAUGCUCUGAGAUCAAGUCGAAGACCCAACAUACAGGGUUUUGAGCUCAUCUUCAUCAUUUGUAUGAGGAAAUCAGUGGUAAAAUCCUUGGAAAUACAAUGAGACUCAUCAGAAACAUUUACAUAUUUUGUAGUAUUGUUAUGACACUAGAAGGUGAUGCUCCAGAGCUGCCAGAAGAAAGAGAACUGAUGGCUAACUGCUCCAACAUGUCUCUAAGAAAGGUUCCUGCAGACUUGACCCCAGCCACAACAACACUGGAUUUAUCCUAUAACCUCCUUUUUCAACUCCAGAGUUCAGAUUUUCAUUCUGUCUCCAAACUGAAAGUUUUGAUUCUAUGCCAUAACAGAAUUCAACAGCUGGAUUUCAAAACCUUUGAAUUCAACAAGGAGUUAAGAUAUUUAGAUUUGUCUAAUAACAGACUGAAGAGUGUAACUUGGUAUUUGCUGGCAGGUCUCAGGUAUUUAGAUCUUUCUUUUAAUGACUUUGACACGAUGCCUAUCUGUGAGGAAGCUGGCAACAUGUCACACCUGGAAAUCCUAGGUUUGAGUGGGGCAAAAAUACAAAAAUCAGAUUUCCAGAAAAUUGCUCAUCUGCAUCUAAAUACUGUCUUCUUAGGAUUCAGAACUCUUUCUCAUUAUGAAGAAGGUAGCCUGCCCAUCUUAAACACAACAAAACUGCACAUUGUUUUACCAAUGGACACAAAUUUCUGGGUUCUUUUGCAUGAUGGAAUCAAGACUUCAAAAAUAUUAGAAAUGACAAAUAUAGAUGGCAAAAGCCAAUUUGUAAGUUAUGAAAUGCAACGAAAUCUUAGUUUAGAAAAUGCUAAGACAUCGGUUCUGUUACUUAAUAAAGUUGAUUUACUCUGGGACGACCUUUUCCUUAUCUUACAAUUUGUUUGGCAUACAUCAGUGGAACACUUUCAGAUCCGAAAUGUGACUUUUGGUGGUAAGGCUUAUCUUGACCACAGUUCAUUUGACUACUCAAAUACUGUAAUGAGAACUAUAAAAUUGGAGCACGUACAUUUCAGAGUGUUUUACAUUCAACAAGAUAAAAUCUAUUUGCUUUUGACCAAAAUGGACAUAGAAAACCUGACAAUAUCAAAUGCACGAAUGCCACACAUGCUUUUCCCUAAUUAUCCUACAAAAUUCCAAUAUUUAAAUUUUGCCAAUAAUAUCUUAACAGACGAGUUGUUUAAAAGAACUAUCCAACUGCCUCACUUGAAAACUCUCAUUUUGAAUGGUAAUAAACUGGAGACACUUUCUUUAGUGAGUUGCUUUGCUAACAACACACCCUUGGAACACUUGGAUCUGAGUCAAAAUCUAUUACAACAUAAAAAUGAUGGAAAUUGCUCAUGGCCAGAAACUGUGGUCAACAUGAAUCUGUCAUACAAUAAAUUGUCUGAUUCUGUCUUUAGGUGCUUGCCCAAAAGUAUUCAAAUACUUGACCUAAAUAAUAACCAAAUCCAAACUGUACCUAAAGAGACUAUUCAUCUGAUGGCCUUACGAGAGCUAAAUAUUGCAUUUAAUUUUCUAACUGAUCUCCCUGGGUGCAGUCAUUUCAGUAGACUUUCAAUUCUGAACAUUGAAAUGAACUUAAUUCUCAGCCCAUCUCUGGAUUUUGUUCAGAGCUGCCAGGAAGUUAAGACUCUAAAUGCGGGAAGAAAUCCAUUCCGGUGUACCUGUGAAUUAAAAAAUUUCAUUCAGCUUGAAACAUAUUCAGAGGUCAUGAUGGUUGGAUGGUCAGAUUCAUACACCUGUGAAUACCCUUUAAACCUAAGGGGAACUCGGCUAAAAGACGUGCAUCUCCCCGAAUUAUCUUGCAACACAGCUCUGUUGAUUGUCACCAUUGUGGUUAUCAUGCUAGUUCCAGGGUUGGCUGUGGCCUUCUGCUGUCUCCACUUUGAUCUGCCCUGGUAUCUCAGGAUGCUAGGUCAAUGCACACAAACAUGGCACACGGUUAGGAAAACAACCCAAGAACAACUCAAGAGAAGUGUCCGAUUCCACGCAUUUAUUUCAUACAGUGAACAUGAUUCUCUGUGGGUGAAGAAUGAAUUGAUCCCCAAUCUAGAGAAAGAAGAUGGUUCUAUCUCGAUUUGCCUUUAUGAAAGCUACUUUGACCCUGGCAAGAGCAUUAGUGAAAAUAUUGUAAGCUUCAUUGAGAAAAGCUAUAAGUCCAUCUUUGUUUUGUCUCCCAACUUUGUCCAGAAUGAGUGGUGCCAUUAUGAAUUCUACUUUGCCCACCACAAUCUCUUCCAUGAAAAUUCUGAUCAUAUAAUUCUUAUCUUACUGGAACCCAUUCCAUUCUACUGCAUUCCCACCAGGUAUCAUAAACUGAAAGCUCUCCUGGAAAAAAAAGCAUACUUGGAAUGGCCCAAGGAUAGGCGUAAAUGUGGGCUUUUCUGGGCAAACCUUCGAGCUGCUAUUAAUGUUAAUGUAUCAGCCACCAGAGAAAUGUAUGAACUGCAGACAUUCACAGAGUUAAAUGAAGAGUCUCGAGGUUCUACAAUCUCUCUGAUGAGAACAGACUGCCUAUAAAAUCCCACAGUCCUUGGGAAGUUGGGGACCACAUACACUGUUGGGGUGUACAUUGAUACAACCUUUAUGAUGGCAAUUUGACAAUAUUUAUUAAAAUAAAAAAUAGUUAUUCCCUUCAUAUCAGUUUCUGGAAGGAUUUCUAAGAAUGUAUCCUAUAGAAACACCUUCACAAGUUUAUAAGGGCUUAUGGAAAAAAGUGUUCACUCCAGGAUUGUUUAUAAUCAUGAAAAAUGUAGCCAGGUGCAGUGGCUCACGCUUGUAAUCCCAGCACUGUGGGAGGCCAAGGCGGGUGAACCAUGAGGUCAAGAGAUGGAGACCAUCCUGGCCAACAUGGUGAAACCCCGUCUCUACUAAAAAUACAAAAAUUAGCUGGGUGUGGUGGUGCACGCCUGUAGUCCCAGCUACUUGGGAGGCUGAGGCAGGAGAAUUGCUUGAACUCGGGAGGUGGCAGUUGCAGUGAGCUGAGAUCGAGCCACUGCACUCCAGCCUGGUGACAGAGCAAGACUCCAUCUCAAAAAAAAAAAAAAAAAAAAGAAAGAAAGAAAGAAAAAGAAAGAAAAAUGGAAAACAUCCUCAUGGCCACAAAAUAAGGUCUAAUUCAAUAAAUUAUAGUACAUUAAUGCAAUAUAAUAUUACAUGCCACUAAAAAGAAUGAGGUAGCUGUAUACCAUGUUUGGCCAUGGAGGAAGACUGCAGAGACAGCCUAGACCUCAAAUGACUUUGGGGAAUAUAGACGGGAUAAUCAAAGUGCCCCAUCCAGGGCUGUUCUUGAGAAUUGCAAUAGAAGGAAUGAGAGAAUAAAAGUCAUUUUAUUCUCUAUGUUGUUUCCUGGUAUGGAAAACAUCUAUGUUGUUUCCUGGUAUGUUGUUUCCUGGUAUGGAAAAAACAUAUUAAUAUGUUAUAAACUAUUAGGUUGGUGCAAAACUAAUUGUGGUUUUUGCCAUUGAAAUGGCAUUGAAAUAAAAGUGUAAAGAAAUCUAUACCAGAUGUAGUAACAGUGGUUUGGGUCUGGGAGGUUGGAUUACACGGAGUAUUUGAUUUCUAUGUUGUGUAUUUCUAUAAUGUUUGAAUUGUUUAGAAUGAAUCUGUAUUUCUUUUAUAAGUAGGAAAAAAAAUAAAGAUAGUUUUUA